GGUCCAGCGACAAACAGCACAUCCAACGGCCCGCGUGUUGACCAUGCGCCCUGAAGUUGUGGUGUCGUUGCUGACCAUUGUGACGGUUGAUGCCAUCCGCAGUCUGGCACUGUCGACUGACAGCCGCGACAACGGAGACGGCCGUGCUGUGAAUGCGCUGCCAGCGAAUUAUAGUGCCUACCUCCAUGCUUUCGACUUGGUGGAGAGGCGCAUGAAGGAGCCGGAAGAACUGCGCCGUGAACGGGAGGAAGCCUUUUGGAAGAGGCACCGCUUGGCUACAGUGCAAAACGCCAAGUUGCAGGGACGCUGGAGAGCGGCGGCCAGUCAUCUCUUUGACGCCACGGAGGGGGAGAUGCGCGCCAUGAUGGGCUACAAGCCAUCGCUGUCACAUCGCCAUCAGGGUCUGAACUUCCUGAGCACUCACGAGGAGGCGCUAAAUCUCAGCGUUCCACAAGGUCUGGUGCUGCCUGAGGCUAUGGACUGGCGACAGCGUGUGACCAGCUCCAAUCUGGUUCGCUCGCAGGGAUCCUGUGGCUCCUGCUGGGCCAUCAGUUCCACUAAUGCUCUGGAGAUGCACCUGGAGAUUUAUGAUCCCCAAUCCGUGGGAGGUCACCUGGCGCUAGAGCAGAUGAUCCUUUGCACGCCCAACAAGCGCCACUGCGGGGGGCAGGGAGGUUGCACCGGGGCGACGGCAGAGCUGGCGUUUCAAUUCGUGAAGGACAAGGGUCUAUCAUUCCAAGACGAUCAGCCUGCUCUGACCGCGCCGGCCUGCGAAGGGCCUCCGAUCUAUGGCAGAAGGGUGGUGACAAGUGGCUUUGUGCGCUUGCCUCCAAACAAGGCAUUGCCUUUGCAGUAUGCUCUGGCCGUGAAGGGCCCUGUGGUUGUGUCCGCAGAUGCUGCCGGUUGGGAAACCUAUGGUGGUGGUGUCUAUGACAAUUGUCCGCGCAACGCAGCCGUGAACCAUGCAGUCCUGGCUGUUGGUUACGGAAAAUCCGCAGAAGGCAAGUACUGGAUCAUUCGCAACUCAUGGGGUCCGGAGUGGGGCGAAGACGGCCACAUGCGCCUCCUGCGCGUCGAUGAUUCGGACCGUGACGCGGCGGAAGCACCGGGCCAUGGUGGCAUCGACUACCACCCACAGGAGGGAGUGGCAUGCGAGGGGGAGACUGCCCCGGUGCCGGUGUGCGGCAUGUGUGGCAUCCUCUUUGACUCCUCCUUCCCAGUGGGUGUGGCUGUGACCAGCGGUCAUGGCGCCAUGAAACUGAGAUCUUCAAAGUGAGCAACAAAUGCAUGCCAACAUAUUCAGUGGCACAUCAAGUUCGAC